AUGCAGUUUAGAUUGGCGUUGAUUGUCUACUUGAAAUUCUCGAUGAUAGCAAACCUUUUCGGAAAAGAUCAUACACUCGCAGAGAAGAAUCGCAUACGUAUUAAAACACUCUAUGAGGAUCAUCUAUUGAUUCGACCAUCGACGAAUAAUACAAGUCCUACAGUCGUUGCUAUUGGCGUGGCGAUCAUGGAAGUGAUCGGAAUCGACCCUCAAAAACAGGUUAUUAUGCUGAAUGCCAAUAUCGAGUUGAAAUGGUGUGAUGACUUAUUACAUUGGAAUUCCAGUGAGCACCCGUGCAUGGGCAGACGAAACCGUACGGAGAUCUUUUUUACUCCACAUGAAAUUUGGACGCCGGACAUCGUGGCAAUCAAUGGGCCAGGAAAAUCACUCGAAAAAGAUCCGAGACAUUUCUAUCCCGUUCUUGUUGUCUGUACUGGUCACGUGAAGUGGUCCUAUCAAUACAAAUUAGUUUCGUUUUGUGAAGUUAAUGUUCGCAAUUUUCCAUUCGAUCGACAGUACUGCUCGAUUCUUCUACAAUCAACUAUAUUCGAUACAAGCCAAUUAAAACUUCGUACACUAUACAAAGUUGUCAGAUUAUAUAAUCUGAUUAAAACCGAAUGGGAGAUAACUCACGCUACAAUUCAAGAAGUCGAUAUGUAUAAUCCGCAUUAUCAACGGAAUUUCAGUACAAUUAAAAUUGAUAUCGAACUCGAACGUUUCUCGCGGUUUUAUGUGAUUAAAAUCAUCUUACCAUUUUCAAUCAUUUCCUCACUAGCGCUGUUCUCAUUCUGUGUGCCAACUGACAGCGGCGAAAAGGUGGCAUUGACAGUCAGCGUUCUAUUGUCAUUAUCCAUCUAUCUGCAGACGAUUUCGGAUUAUGUACCAAAGACCGAAAGCGGCUUUUCGAUUAUCACCUUGUAUUCAAACAUCAUCUUUGGUUUCGUUUUUCUCUCGUGCAUUUUCAAUAUAUUCACCGUCUUUAUUUAUUACCACGAGCAAUAUUCGAUGAAGCACCGAAAGAUUAAAAACGAACAACGUGGCGCGUUGACAACCAUUCACGAGUCGUUAGUGGAAUUGAACAAACAGCGAUGGACAUUUCUUCGUAAACGUCGAAAUUUAAGAGAACAUUUGCCUGAACAAACAAAUCUCGAAGGUCUUCAAAUUUUAUACGAUAUUCGAUACAUUCGGAAAGUCCUCAUGAAUUUUCUCGUCGGACAAGAUCCGGUCGACAUUCGAUACAAUUUGUUCCAUUCCGAAUGUUCUCUCAAACAAAUCGCCGUGCUCAUCGAUCGAAUACUGUUCUUCAUCUAUCUCAUCUCUAUGCCGCUGAGUGUUAUUGUCCUAUUACAAGGUAGUCAACAAUCCCGCUUACCAUCCGAAACCAAUCAAAUGCUCGACCUACGUAAGUCAACUGUCGAUCCUAUGCCAAUCUUUCGCGGCUGUCCGACGUGA